AUGAACCCGCCUUUCGUGCCAGAGGUGAUGUCUGCGGCGGUGGAGCACGCUGAGGCGCUUCUCGACGCCAGCACCGGGCCGAUGAGCUUCGCGAUCUUCGUGCCCGCCUGGAAGGAGGUGGCGUGCUGGAGGCAGCUGGAGCGCUCGCGCUGGGUGCGGGGCCCCCUUCACGUGAUCCCCGCGCGCGAGCACGUCUUCUCCGACGGCUCGCAGCACCGGGCCGCCUCGCAGUUCCGCCCGGCCUCGUUCGACACCGCGACGGCCGGCCCUUUGCCUGGCCGGCAGCCCGGCUGCAACUCCGCGCACCCGGCCGGUAGCCCGGCUGUUAAUUCCCGCGCGCCCGGCUGGUAA